UUUUUCUUCUUCUCCUGCUUGAUGACACUUCAUCUUCUUCACUGCAACUCCAGGCAUCCUCUUCUUCUUCUUCUUCUUUCUCUUCGUCUUUUUACUUAUCAUAGUCUGCCUGGCCUUCUAUUCUGCUGCUACUCUACUGUCUGUUCUAAUACAAUAUCCCGUACGUCUGCUUACUUUAUCAGGUACUUCCAAGUCAGUCGCCUCCUUGCCAGAGGAUCAGAUCCUCUCGCCUCAACCUCUUCGUCUUCCGCUUCUUCCCUGUCUCUGCCCCCCGAUACCUCUGCAUAUACACCUCCUGUUUGUCCGUGGGAUAGCAAUAAGGCACUGCACCGGCUUGGCUCGGAGGUCGUGUAUAGAUAGACAGUUCGAGAAAGACGCGGGCCAGCCAACCCAAGAGAACCACAACCAACCAACAAGAGAGAGAGAAAGAGAGAAAGAGAGAGAAGAGAGUGUCAGUCUCGCAGAUAUAUUGGGAGAGUCUCCAGUCAUCCUCCGUCUCCGUGUCUAUCUCUGUCUACUUGGUGUGCUGUGUUGCCUGCUGCUGGACUCUUCGCUCAUAUCUGUACCUUCCUGUUGCCUCUUCCUUUCCUGUUAUUUUAUUACUCUUCUCUCUGUUGUCAGGUUGAUACUGCAAAGAAAAGAAAAAGAUCAAUCUAUCAAGAAGAAAGUGGACAGCGAAAGGAAAACGAAAGACAAGAAACAAAACCUAGUAGCUGUUCUGCUUUUUCAUCUCUGUUCUCUGCUCUUGUUCUGCUCUUCUUUUGCGGCCAAAUUCACUACACAAGCCGAAAAGCCACAAUCAACACCAACAACCGCCACUCCAGCUCAAGUUACCAGCCAAAGAAAAGAAAUAAAUCAAACAGAAAAACAAGAAAAACAAGAAGAAGCGGUACUAAUCAUCAUACCUGGAGCUAUAGACCGGGCCGGCACAUAGAAACUAUUACCAUCCAGUAUACUCUCCCGUACCAUAGCAUGACUCCCUCUGACCUCGCCCACCAGCCCAACCCUCAUCCUCCCGCGCUGCCCGUUUCUGCCCUUGACCAGGAUAAUGAUAUCGAUAUUCCCGAUGCCGAUGAUGUGGAAGAUCUCAAGAUAGCAGCCGCUCACAAGAGGCAGGACUCCUUCAGCUCCCAGGCUCGUUCCCACUCUCGCUCCAGCAGCAUCGGAGGCGCCUCGUUUGGCUCCAUCGAGGAAGACAACACCGGAAUCGCUCAGUCCUUUGUUGAUACCAAGGAAAGCAACUCUUCCGGUGACAAGACGCAUGCCGCUGACUGUUCAGCUAGCAAGGCCAAGGAGCUCAAGACUCCCAUCCCCGAUUUCUGCUGUCCCUGUGGAACCUUUCGAGGAUGGAAACAGAUUCGUCUCGGUGGGAGAAAGCUGAGCAGAAGCUACAGCGACCUUCGUCUGCUUGGGGGAACUCAGGCCAGAGGAUGGGCAUGGGAAGAAGAAAUCCCUAACCCGGAACCGCCAAAGGCACAACAACAGCAACAGCAAAAUGAGGACCAGGAAGAAGUGCUGGAACUGCGUCGCCCAGCUCCCAGGGUGACCAAGAGAGCCUGUCUGGAGAGACUGCCGGUUGAGAUACUGGACGAAAUUAUAUCACACCUGGCUCUGGAUAUUCCACCAAACGGGUAUACUCCUCGCAAUGUCGACUUGAUAUCCUGCCUGUUAACCUGCCGAACUCUGCACUCGGCUACCCUGGGAGUGCUGUACAGACACAUUACCAUUCCCCACUCCAUCAUCUUCUCCAAGGCUCUCAACCAUAUUCGCCAGUAUCCCUCUCUAGGCACUAUUGUCAGGCGACUAGACUUUUCACACUUUACCUCUGUUGGCCUCGGACGCACCCAGCAGAUGAAUGUUGAAAUCCAGAACCUCACUGCAAAGACUCUGCUCCAGUGCCUUGACCUACUGCCAAAUCUCAAGGAGCUGCUUCUUCAGGAGCAUGUCGAGGAUGACGUGGACGGAGACGUUGUGCGCAAGAUCUUCAUCACCAAGACCCUGCUCCGUGCAAUUGACUUCUGUGGCUGCUCCUCUGCCAAAUUCUCCUCUGGUUUUCUCAGCGCUGUCACGCAGGAGCCCAAAUUUCCCAGUGUUCUCCCAAAUCUCCGUCGUAUAUCCCUUCACGAAUGUACUGGGCUGCCCGACGAGGCCUUCCAGUCUCUUCUUCCCCGCCUUAUCAACCUCACCCAUCUUGACGUUGCUCAUACCCAGAUCAGCAAUAGCACUCUAUUCCUGAUCCCGUACACUGCUCGGCUCACCCAUCUCAACAUCUCACGAUGCACCAAACUCACUGGGCCAGAGGUGGUCCGGUUCCUCUCUACCCAUCCAGCAGUAACCUCUUCUCUGGUCUACCUCAAUCUCAUGGUCGACGCAUCUCGCCAUCGAAUCCUCGAGGAGGCGGAUGUACCAAACCUCCUACCACACCUAAAAUCAACCCUCCGCUCUCUCAACCUGGGGGGAGCCCGUAUCACCUCCGCACAUAUGCCUGACCUCCUCAGGCUCUCCAAGCAUGUCGAGGAAUUAGGCCUGUCCUCUGCAGACCUCACUCUCGACGACAUCAACUCAUUUUUUGCCCCUCCGCCCUCCUCAGCAAGCGGCUCAUCCAACGCGACUCCCUGGCAGCCCUCUCAUCUCCGCUAUCUUGACCUCACUCGUAAUCCGUACUUGAAUCAGGCAGCCCUCUUCAACUCCAAGUCUUGUUUGCUGGUGACUCCCCAGAGCUACCCGUUACUUGUCAUUGAGAUGAGCGAGCGUAUCAUUGCCCCACUGCGUUCUCGCAGCAAGUCCAACAACAACCGUAGCGGAUGGGUUGUCCGCGAACUCGGUAGGCGAGGCUGGUAUGUUCGCGAACCCAGCGGUGAUCCCUCUAUGCCUGUCGAUGACGGCCAGAGAAGCUGGAAGAUGGGCGCACAUUGGUGGGGAACUCGCAAGAUCCCUGUCUCUGUGGGCGACGUCGGCGGCAUCUAUGGACACUACAUGUUCAAAAAAUGA